UGUAUUAAUAAGAAACCUGGUUCUGCCUUCCAAAGAGGUCCACAAGCUAAUUAUACACAAAUUUCCACCACUUAAGAGCACGAGAUCGUCAUUCAAUAUUAGCAAUAAUCCUUGUUUCUGUUGUCUGUAAGCAAAGCCUGGGGAAAUCUCCAAGUUAUCCUUCGUUUAGGAAACACGUACAUGCUAUUCUCACCUUACCUAUUGGUAUAUAAAUAACCAACUCUUCCCCUCUCAAUGAUCAGCUUCCCUCAAGCGAUUUCUGUGAUAGUCAUACACUGUGCACUUACCUGUCGGCUUUUGUCACUGAUAUAUCAUAUCUUGCCGUGCCUCUAUCGCUGCUUCUCUCCCACCGCUCGUCAACAAAAUGACCCCAUUCACCCUCACAGCCAGCUUGGUCUUUGCCACAGUCCAUGGAGCUGCCACUAUACCUCCUCAUUCAGUGUCUUCUGUUCGAAUUGGCCUUAUCAACGAAGUACGUGCUGUCCAAGGCGCCGGCGAUGCCGACAUCUCUCAGGACUACCCAAUCGAGCACUUUUCGUUCUUUGGGAAUGAGUCCUGGGCUAUCACAGGCCGCCCGGAAGGCGCCGUGUGGGUUCACGAGUCCCGUUUCCACACUACUGUUAAUGCGACCAAGCGUGCCUUGGCUGCGGAGUCGGACUCAAGGUUGUCUGAGAAAAGCUUCCUAGAAGGAAUCAAGAUUAACGUGGCGCCUGGCGCAUUCACCUGUCCUGAUAAUACCUGGUUUGCUGCACCUCAACAAUGCACCAAUUAUGGCAGUAUAAUAGGACACACAACAGUAUUUAUUCAGCCAAUAGUGGUCGCUUCAACUAGUUAUCUAGCGAAGACAAAUUUAUACUCCGACGGCGGUUGCAAUUCGUAUGUUACUUCAGUUGUUGGAGAUAAUACGGUCUGUCUUUUCUUAGACAAUAUUUAUUACCUGUCGCUUCUACCCUUUAGCCAAAUAGUUUAAGGCGUUUAGUUAGAGGCAAGGCUCCAAACAACUCAAUCAAAUCAACCUAACUCUUACGAUAAGACGUUGAAACGACAAAAUUUCAACUGUAUUGCUACCCCAUGCACUACGUAUAAGAUAUAAGACAAAAGGCGAAGGAGAAAAGGGGCGACUGUUCAUAACGCCGGGAUGACCUGAGCAUUGUCAUAAUUGAG